AUGGCGGCACCUGUUGAGACACCAAACUCUUCUGUUGUCCAGAAAUCAUCGCGUUUGCCUCUCAAUGAAAGAAUACUGUCUUCCAUGACCUCUAAAAGUGUUGCUGCUCACCCUUGGCACGACGUUGAGAUAGGCAUGAUUAAUCACUUUCGUGUUCGAAUGUCUAAUCGCAGACUCGUGGUUGAAAUAAGUAAGGGAAGUAAGGUGAAAUAUGAGCUCGACAAGAAAAGUGGUCUGAUCAAGGUUGAUCGUGUUCUUUACUCAUCCGUUGUGUACCCCCACAAUUAUGGCUUCAUUCCUCGUACUCUGUGCGAAGACAGUGACCCAAUGGAUGUAUUGGUCAUUAUGCAGGAACCAGUUCUUCCAGGCUGCUUUCUCAGGGCUAGAGCUAUAGGCCUCAUGCCCAUGAUUGAUCAGGGAGAGAAAGAUGACAAGAUAAUUGCUGUUUGUGCUGAUGAUCCCGAAUAUCGCGACUAUGCAGACAUCAAAGAGCUCCCACCUCACCGCUUGGCUGAAAUCCGCCGUUUUUUCGAAGAUUACAAGAAAAAUGAGAACAAAGAUGUUGCGGUUGAUGAAUUUCUUCCAGCUACAAAGGCUUAUGAAGCAAUCCAGGGCUCCAUGUGGGGACCUGUAUGCAGACUAUAUUGUGGAGAGCCUGAGGCGUUAGCUUGAGCUCAGGACCUUUUUCGAGCUUUCUUCCUAAAUGUUACUCGCUUGUAAAUUUCUUCAAUACAAUAUUGAGGUGAACAUUUUACUUCCCUGAUUGUUAUAGAAUCGGGUUAAAAGUUCUGAAAACCCAAAAUAUACCACGGGCUUGCGAAAAAAAGUGGCUACAGCACAAAAUGUAUUUCUGAAGAUAUUUUACGGCAACACUUUGGCUAAGUUCCAUUUUCUUGAAAGCAUUUUAUGUUGCACAUCAGUCGUAAUGUGACACUGACACAGUCCUGCCAGUUCCUUGCUUAAUUUAGUCUGUAGCUUGGCUAUAGUAAUGGUGGACUUAUGCGAAGUCUUUGGCCCUUAGGUAUGUUUGGUUCAAAGAGAGAUUUUAAUAGAAGGGAGGUCAUGUAAAAUAAUUUUACUUUGUUUGGAAGGCAGAUAGCAACCCAAUUAGGAGCAAUCAACCAUCAUACUUGUAAUCCAUUCUUGAUCCGCCAAAGGAGGGGCCCUAAAGUUCCACCUAUCAAAAACAAGAGUAGACUCAAACCCUCCCUUCACUAUAGCGCCCAGUGUGAAUCAAUGGCUCUCUCACAAAGUGAAGAAAUACCUUUCAAUCUGUGGUUACCGAUCAAGCUUCUCUUUCCUAUCCGAGAUUGCUAGUCGUCAACAUGGUUUGGUUAGGAAAUGAAGGGCCAGAGAAAAUAAUAUAGAAUUGACUAUUUCUCUUAGAGCACGUUUGUUACAUUAGAUUAGAUAAGAUUGGUACCCUUAUCCAGCCUUAAAUGAGCGCUUGUUUGCUUAGAUUAAGGCCCGCGAGAUUCCCUUUGGCCCGCGACUUUAUCUGCCUUUAUCUUGCUUUGCGCUGAUAACUUGAUCAGGGCAAGAUUGAAACUAUCUCAACAGUGCUCUUGUUGUGAAAUGAUUUUAAUCACCCUUAUGUUUUUUAAUUUGAGACCCAUGUACCCUUGUUCCUACUCUUUUUUACCCUUCCAACCAGUGACCAUUAUUGUAUACCUACACCAUACAUAUACUUUGUGCAGUAUUUUCGACAGAGCAAUCGGACAGGUGAGGUACUCAUUUUAUUAUCUCCAUUUUGUUGUUG